AGAAGCCUUUAUGGUAAUAUGAAGAUGUCCCAGAAGUUUUGUUAAUACAGUGUAACUGAUUUCGGCAGUUCCCUUCAGUAAACUGACCUGCUCUUAUUUGAAUAUUCAAUGGAAUCUCUUUUUGUGUUUUCCAGAAAUGAAAAUAUUCGCCUGAAAUUCAUCACCAACAACCAGGAUAUUUAACUAAGAGCAGUGUUAAACUGCUAAAAGAGGUGAAGCACAAGCCGUCCAGAAGAAUCUCCAGAACACACAGAAAUUGUUUGAUACAUUUAACAGACAAAUGAAGCCAAGUCCCGACAUGGAGAAACAUCAGAACUCUGUCAAGAGUUUUACUAAACAGAGUGAUCUCAAAAAACACCAGCGCAUUCACACAGGAGAGAAACCACAUCACUGCUCAGACUGUGGGAAGAGUUUUACUAAACAAAGUGAUCUCAAAAUACAUCAGCGCAUUCACACAGGAGAGAAACCGUAUCACUGCUCAGACUGUGGGAAGAGUUUUACUAAACAAAGUAAUCUCAAAGUACACCAGCGCAUUCACACAGGAGAGAAACCCUAUCACUGCUCAGACUGUGGGAACAGUUUUACCACACAGAGUCAUCUCAAACUGCACCAACGCAUUCACACAGGAGAGAAACCGUAUCACUGCUCAGACUGUGGGAACAGUUUUAAUCGACAGAGUCAUCUCCAACGACACCAGCGCAUUCACACAGGAGAGAAACCGUAUUACUGUUCAGACUGUGAGAAGAGUUUUGCUACACAGAGUGAUCUUAAAAAACACCAGCGCACUCACACAGGCGAGAAACCGUAUUACUGCUCAGACUGUGGGAAGGGUUUUAUUACACAGAGUCAUCUCAAACAGCAUCAGCGCAUUCACACAGAAGAGAAACCGUAUCACUGCUCAGACUGUGGGAAGAGUUUUAAUAUACAGAGUAAUUUAAAAAAACACCAGCGCAUUCACACAGGAGAGAAACCGUAUCACUGCUCAGACUGUGGGAAGAGUUUUACUAAAAAAAGUGAUCUCAAAAUACAUCAGCGCAUUCACACAGGAGAGAAACCGUAUCACUGCUCAGACUGUGGGAAGAGUUUUACUAAACAAAGUAAUCUCAAAGUACACCAGCGCAUUCACACAGGAGAGAAACCGUAUCACUGCUCAGACUGUGGGAACAGUUUUACUACACAGAGUCAUCUCAAACUGCACCAACGCAUUCACACAGGAGAGAAACCGUAUCACUGCUCAGACUGUGGGAACAGUUUUACUACACAGAGUCAUCUCAAACUGCAUCAGCGCAUUCACUCAGGAGAGAAACCGUAUCACUGCUCAGACUGUGGGAACAGUUUUAAUCGACAGAGUCAUCUCCAACGACACCAGCGCAUUCACACAGGAGAGAAACCGUAUUACUGUUCAGACUGUGAGAAGAGUUUUGCUACACAGAGUGAUCUUAAAAAACACCAGCGCAUUCACACAGGCGAGAAACCGUAUUACUGCUCAGACUGUGGGAAGGGUUUUAUUACACAGAGUCAUCUCAAACAGCAUCAGCGCAUUCACACAGGAGAGAAACCGUAUCACUGCUCAGACUGUGGGAAGAGUUUUACUAUACAGAGUAAUUUAAAAAAACACCAGCGCAUUCACACAGGAGAGAAACCGUAUCACUGCUCAGAGUGUGGGAAGAGUUUUAAUCGACGGAGUCAUCUCCACCUACACCAGCGCAUUCACACAGGAGAGAAAAUUAUUUCAAAUUUGUUCGAAGGCAAUUAAAAGUGCAAAUCAUAAGAGAGGCCAACAAAAUCCUUUCCAGAGGUUAAAUAAAACGCUCCAGCUGUAGUUCCCAUACUGAAAUCAACCCACUCCAGGUUUGUGUAGCGCAGUAAGGUUGCAGGCUCAUUCAUUCCCUCUGCUGGUGUUCUCGUUUGUCUAUGGUUCAGUCGCUCUGAUUAAAAAUUUGUUACCUUAGAGUGAUAUAGAUAGGUAUUUGGUUGUUGUAUUACUCACGUUUUAUACUCUUUUUCUUAUUAGAUAUCGUAUG